AAUCGCCUGCCCCGGGCAUAGGAGGAGCUUGGUGCUUAAGUAGGCUGCCAAUCAGUCAGUCAGCUCCACAUCCAGAAGCUCCUCCGGCCAGACACACGCAUCACUCCGACACUCGAGGUGCCAAAUUGUACAGCUCUGACUCCAGGUCUGUGGAAGUGGAAAGUGGAAGCUUGACAGUUUCUGAAAAAAAAGGGGGGUACUCUGGUGAUUUAGACACCCCCUUCAUCCUUUUCUUCUUCUUCUUUCUGGGGAUUCCUACUUUUUUCCCUGCGUCCUCUUGCUGUUGUGCGUGACUCUAACUUUUGGGGGAGAGAUUUUUCCUGUGCGCGUCUCCCUCUGUGGACAUGUCUUUCCCUCAGCUGGGGUACCCCCAGUUCCUCAGUGCCUCUCAUGAGGUGUACGGCGGAGAGCGGCCCGCCUCGGUCCGGGAAGGAAGCACCGAAGGAGGCGGAGGAGGAGGCGGCGGCGUCAGCUCGUCCGCCACCGCCGCGGCUGUCGGCUCCAUGCUGGGGAUGUACGGGAACCCAUGGGCGGCUCACAACUACAGUGCCUUUCUGCCGUACAGCGGAGCCACAGACCUCGCCCUCAUAUCCCAGAUGGGCUCUCAGUAUGAGCUGAAGGACAGUCCGGGCUCUCACCCAGCCUCCCUGCCUGUCCACGCCGCCCAAGGCUUCUAUCCCUACGGCCAGUACCCGUACGGGGACCCGUCGAGAGCCAAGACGGCCACCAGGGAGACCACCAGCACCCUGAAGGCCUGGCUACAGGAGCACCAGAAAAACCCCUACCCCACCAAAGGAGAGAAGAUAAUGCUCGCCAUCAUCACGAGGAUGACACUCACACAGGUUUCAACGUGGUUUGCGAACGCCCGCAGGCGGCUGAAGAAGGAGAACAAGGUAACCUGGGGCCGCAGCGCCGAGGACCGAGACGGACGCAUCUUCAGCAGCGACAACGAGGACGAGCACGGCAAGAACGGCAGCGACGACGAAGAGGAGGAGGAGAUCGAUUUGGAAACUGUCGAUAUCGAAAGACCCGAGGAGCAGCAGCGGGGCUCAGGCGAGCAGGGCUCCGGCGGGAGGGGAGAAGCGGGGGCGGAAGCCUCGGCAGCAGCUGCAGCUACAGGCCUGUCCGCCAGAGAGGCCUCGGAGCCGAAGAGCUCGGAGAGCAGCAGGACGCUUUCAGCGGAAGGCCUGAGAGGAGUGGAAGCGACGCUUUCACACAACAAAUCCCCCGUUGCCAAACUCGCUGUGGAUCAUUCUCCGAGCAGACAGGAGUGCCAGAGACCACCGCAGAGCAAACCCAAAAUCUGGUCCUUGGCUGAGACCGCCACGGCUCCCGACAACUCGCACAAACCCUCCCCCGGGGCCCAUGCGCACCACCCGGCUUUGGCCUCAGCCGGCCACCCGGCCUUACUCCCCGGUCAUGGGAUCUAUACGUGCCAGAUUGGCAAGCUGCACAACUGGGCCAACGCGGCUUUUCUGAACGCCAACUCUUUUUUGAACAUGAGAUCGCUGCUCGGUGGGGCGUCGGCCGGACACCUGCCUCUCCACGGUGCGGUACCGGCUGCGCGUCAUGACGCACGACCGGCAGCGACAGGCCUUGGAACUUCAGGAACAGAGGACGACAGUGAUGUGGAAUCGACAGGAAGCUUCAGUCCAAAAAGAGAUGAUGACGAGAGUGACCACAGGCCUGAAUCCCUUAAAUCCCCGUUCCAGCUGAUCACUGACAGACCUCACCACGGGACAUCAGCACAACGAGCUCUGACAACAACAUUAUGAGAAGACAAAGCAAAAAAAAAAAA